UCCUUGGUCCAACGCUGUACUCAUGGUCUUCUCUCCUGGUGCCGGCAUCUAUAGUGGUGCCCACUGCGCAUGCGCGAGAAGCGAUGCGUUUUGUUAUUGGUCCGGCAGUCUUCUGGCACCUGUCACGUGUCCCAGAAGAUGGGGAUCUCUGGUCAUCCCCUGUUCUGUGUCCGCAGUCUCUGGUCAUCUGUAGUAUGUCUGCAGUCUCUGGCCAUCUCCUGUACUGUGUCCGCAGUCUCUGGUCAUCUCCUGUACUGUGUCUGCAGUCUCUGGCCAUCCCCUGUACUGUGUUCGCAGUCUCUGGUCAUCUCCGGUACUGUGUCCGCAGUCUCUGGUCAUCUCCUGUACUGUGUCCGCAGUCUCUGGUCAUCUCCUGUACUGUGUUCGCAGUCUCUGGUCAUCUCCUGCAGUAUGUCCGCAGUCUCUGGUUAUCUCCUAUAGUAUGUCCGCAGUUUCUGGUCUGGUCAUCUCCUAUAGUAUGUUCGCAGUCUCUGGUCAUUUCCUGUAGUAUGUCCGCAGUCUCUGGUCAUCUCCUGUAUUAUGUCCGCAGUCUCUGGUAAUUUCCUGUACUAUGUCUGCAGUC